AUGAAGCUAUCCCCUUCUGUGUCCGGUGCUCUGGCACUUGCCCUUGUCCUUGUCCUGGCUGUCACUGCCGAGGAGGCUGAUCACCUCAUCCCGUACGGCUCGUACGUGGAGAGGCACUCGUUCCAGGCCCCGCUUGCUGACGGGAAGGUCCCGUUCUGGUCGCUCGGGGCUGGUGCACGGGUGGAGGACGGCGCCAAGGUCCGGCUGACGCCCGCACGUCAGUCGCGGCUGGGUUACUGCUGGAACGAUGCACCGACGACGCUGACCGAUUGGGAGGUGACUAUCUCGUUCCAGGUCACGGGCCAGCCCGCUCUGGGUGGUGAUGGUUUUGCUCUGUGGUUCACCUCCAAGGCUGGCAUGAUGGGCCCGGUCUAUGGCGGCAUGGACUACUGGGACGGCCUCGGCAUCUUCUUUGACACCUUUAACAACGAUGGCUCCGGGGCGCACCCGGCCAUUGUGGCGGUGAUGAACGACGGCUCGCUCUCCUACGACCAGGCUACCGAUGGCGCGUCGCAGGCUCUGGCCUCGUGCCAGGCCUCGUUCCGCAAUCUGGACUACCCGUCGCAGGUCCGCGUCAUCUACCAGUACGGCACCCUCUCGCUCUCGCACGAUGUGGCCUCGAACGGCAACUGGGUCGAGUGCUUCUCGGUCCAGAACGUCGAGCUCGGCAUCGACAAGUACUUUGGCCUUACCGCCGGCACCGGCGACCUUGCCGACAACCACGACGUGUUCUCGUUCAACACCCGGAGCCUCACCCCGGCCAACGUCGACCUUGACGCCAUCCGGUCCCGCUUCAAGUCCAAGCACGACCACUACAACAUGGCGGCCGGCUCGUCGCAGCCGAUGGCCCAGGACACCUUCCAGAAUGAGGUCCUCAAGAUGCUCCACCAGAUCCAGUCGACCGCCAACGUCAUCGAGUCCAACGCCGUCUCGCUGAAGAACGCCAUGGAGGGCGGCAUGCCGCGCCGUGGCAUGCCCGACCGCGUCCCGGCCUCUGGCGGCUCGGUCGACGGUAUCGCUCGCCAGCUCAACGACCUCGCGUCGCGCCUCUCCGAGGCCAUCUCGUCGCGGACCUCGCCGUCGCUCGUCCGCAUCUCGGACACGCUCUCCGCCGUCCAAUCGGCCGUCUCGAACCUCCACGCCCGCUCCUCCAGCUCCGCCACCGGCGGCUCGGCUGAUGCCGGCGCCAUUGCCUCCACCGUUCGCUCCGAGGUCAACGCCGCCAUCCGCGACCUGCCGACCUCGGCCGCCCUCGCCCGCAUCGUUGCCGAGGCCGUCGCCGACGGCGCCGGCGCCAACAGCGGCGGUGGCGGUUGGCUCUUCGCCAUCGCCAUGUUCAUCGCCGGCCUGCUCGCCGGCUGGGGCGUCUCUGCCUUUGUUGCCAAGUCGUCGCGCUCUGCCUACAAGCUUCCGUAG